GGUCAUAUAAAGAAAAGAAAAACGUGAGUUCUUCCUCUACUCUGCAGGCAGGCUUCAGGAGAGGGAUUCCAGCCUUGGGUCAUUCCACCAUAACCAGGCAACACCUUCUCAGGACACGCGGUGAAUUCACAAUCCAGCUGUCAGAAUGGUGGGACUGAAGCCCUCCGAGGUGCCCCCUCCUCUGGGUGUGAAGGUGCUGAGUGCUGGCACGGCCGCCUGCAUCGCUGACCUUGUCACCUUCCCUCUGGACACUGCUAAAGUUCGCUUACAGAUCCAAGGGGAGUCUGUAGGGGCGGCAGGCAUCCGAUAUAAGGGGGUGUUUGGGACGAUAGCCACCAUGGUGCGGACAGAAGGACCCCGCUCGCUCUACAACGGCCUGGUGGCCGGGCUGCAAAGGCAGAUGUGCUUCGCCUCCAUCCGAAUUGGUUUCUACGACAACGUCAAGUUGUUCUACACAGGGGGCAAAGACAAUGCCAACAUUGGCAUCCGUAUCCUGGCCGGAUGCACCACUGGAGCCAUGGCGGUCAGCUUUGCCCAGCCCACAGAUGUCGUGAAGGUCCGUUUCCAGGCCCAGCAGAACCUUCAGGGUGUCGCGCGACGCUAUAACGGCACCUUGCAGGCCUACAAGCAGAUCUUCCAGCUUGAAGGACUUAAAGGAUUAUGGAAAGGCACAUUCCCAAACAUCACCAGGAAUGCUCUCGUGAACUGCACUGAGCUGGUGUCUUACGAUCUCAUCAAAGAGGCCAUUCUCACCCGCAAGCUGAUGUCAGAUAACCUUCCAUGUCACUUUGUGUCUGCGUUUGGAGCUGGCUUCAUCACCACGGUGAUUGCCUCCCCUGUGGACGUGGUAAAGACGCGCUACAUGAACUCUCCUCCCGGCCAGUACACUGGUGCCAUCAACUGUGCCUGGACCAUGUUGACUAAAGAGGGACCCACCGCCUUCUACAAAGGGUUUGUUCCCUCCUUCCUGAGGCUUGGCUCGUGGAACGUUGUGAUGUUUGUGUCGUUCGAACAGCUCAAGAGACUAAUGAUGGUCUCCAAGAAUAAGGUUGAGGCAACGACAUAGAACAAAACACCAACCAACACAUGCCACUUCAUUCCCUCCCCCUUCCAGUUUCCCCAGGUCUACUACAACAGAGACUGAGCACACUCUAAGGGGGCCAUGCGACUGCCCAUUCACAGGAUUUACCUGUAGUGUGAUAGUGAUGGACCAGCUGGGAAACAGUGACCCCUAUUGGACAGUUGACCAAUGGCAUUCGUGCUGCCUUAGGUCUCCCCUCUGCCCAACAUCUUCCCUCUCCUCAAAACCUACCCAACAGCCUUCAUUUUUUUUUAAAUUUCCUUCUCUGUAACUUAUGUAGACUGUAAAAUUCUGUUUACUUUUGUAAAUGACUUUAAUAUUUUUGUACAGAAAUUCAUUGUGCUAAUUUAUGCAUACCCUGAUAAGGGAAUUACUCAAACCACUGUGGCUGGUGCUCACUGAAAUAUCUUCUGCAGUAGACAUUAUAGUAAGCAAAAAUACCCCUUUCUCAGUCACUACUUGUAUUUAUUAAGUUAUCUUAAGAGCCCCUAUACUAUAAUGUCAACAUGCUACCCAAUAUGCUGAACGCACAAAGAACAUCUUACAACCCAUGUAACCCUUUUUAAGACGUAUGAAGCCUGUGACACAUCAUGCAGAGUAUAAAAGAAAAUAAACUAUUUAUUAAAAGUAA